AUGGUGAUCACAUCAUCAUCUGUGGAGGACAAGACUGUGCCCCUUUGCAGAAUGGUCCAAUCACAACCCUGGGUCGCCUCUGCCCUCCAUCGUGACAAUAAAAGUGUAAGCAGCUCAGGAUGUCCGCCCACCUCCACCUCCUCCUCCUCCUCCUCCUCCUCCUCCUCUACUGCCCAGGGCUUCUCCCUCGCUGAGCCAGCCAUGACCAGCCAGCACACUCAUACACACCCCUCCUUCAGCUCCAUCCACUCCAUGGCCGAACAGCAGCAGGUGCUGUCUGAUAUGACCAUACUUCAGCGAAGGAUUCCCCCAAGUUUCAGAGACCCUGCCAGUGCCCCAUUGCGGAAACUCUCUGUAGACCUCAUCAAAACAUACAAGCACAUCAAUGAGGUGUAUUAUACUAAAAAGAAGCGGCGGGCCCAGCAGGUCCCUCCUGAAGAUAGCAGUACAAAGAAGGAGAGAAAAGUCUACAACGACGGCUAUGAUGAUGACAAUUACGAUUACAUCGUCAAAAAUGGAGAAAAGUGGCUGGACCGCUAUGAGAUAGAUUCGUUGAUUGGAAAGGGCUCCUUCGGACAGGUGGUGAAGGCCUACGACCACCAUGAGCAGGAAUGGGUCGCCAUCAAGAUCAUCAAGAACAAAAAGGCAUUUCUAAAUCAGGCACAGAUUGAACUUCGACUGCUGGAGCUCAUGAACAAGCAUGAUACUGAAAUGAAAUAUUACAUAGUCCACCUGAAGCGUCACUUUAUGUUUAGGAACCAUCUUUGUUUGGUGUUUGAGUUGUUGAGCUACAAUCUGUACGAUCUGUUGAGGAACACCAACUUCAGAGGGGUCUCCCUUAACCUCACUCGAAAAUUUGCACAGCAGCUCUGUACAGCAUUAUUAUUCCUAGCCACUCCAGAACUGUCAAUUAUCCACUGCGACCUGAAGCCAGAAAACAUCCUUCUGUGUAAUCCCAAGAGAUCUGCCAUCAAGAUAGUUGACUUUGGAUCAUCCUGCCAGCUCGGGCAGAGGAUCUAUCAAUAUAUCCAGAGCAGGUUUUACCGCUCCCCAGAGGUUCUGUUGGGAAUGCCGUAUGACCUGGCAAUUGACAUGUGGUCUCUCGGAUGCAUCUUGGUGGAGAUGCACACAGGAGAACCUCUUUUCAGUGGCUCCAAUGAGGUUGACCAGAUGAACAAAAUUGUUGAAGUGUUGGGGGUCCCUCCCAGCCACAUGUUAGAUGCAGCCCCUAAAGCCAGAAAGUAUUUUGACAAGCUAUCAGAUGGGCUAUGGACAGUGAAGAAGAACAAGGAUGUCAAGAAGGAGUACAAGCCCCCAGCCACUCGGCGUCUUCAUGAGAUAUUGGGUGUAGAGACUGGAGGUCCAGGUGGACGAAGAGCAGGUGAACCAGGGCAUGCUCCCUGUGACUACCUGAAAUUUAAAGACCUGAUCCUGCGCAUGCUGGACUAUGACCCCAAAAGCCGCAUCACGCCAUUCUACGCCCUGCAGCACAACUUUUUCAAGAAGACCACAGAUGAAGGAACGAACACUAGUUCAUCAACAUCCACCUCUCCCGCCAUGGACCACUCCCAUUCAACCUCUACUACUAGCUCUGUUUCUAGCUCUGGUGGCUCCAGUGGUUCCUCCAAUGACAACCGCAACUAUCGCUACAGUAACCGAUAUUACAACUCUGGUGUGACACAUUCAGACUAUGAGAUGACCAGCCCUCAGGCUCCAUCCCAGCAGCAGAUGAGGAUGUGGCCAGGCAGUGAUGGUGGAGGUGGGGGUCAGGACCCAGCGUACACCCAGUUGCUGCUCCACAAGCCGGCCGCCUCUCAACAACACCAGCGCCACUUCCUGGACCAGCCCCAUCACCCCCACCCGACCUACUCCCACCACGGGAACGGCGGGCGCGGCCUGCGACAGGGCGGACAGACGGGCAUCGGCGGAGGGGGGGGCCAGCAGGGAUCCUCGCCCCAGAUGAGUGACAGCAUGGAUGUGGGCGUGUCCCUAGGGCUGCACCACCUGGGGGCGGUGUCUUCCAUGGAGGCGUCGCAGUUCGGCUCCGCCUCCCUACCCCUCGCUCUGCCCAUCGGACUGUCCGCCUUCCGGACUCGGACGGCCGCCGCCGCCCCCGGGCCGCAAGCCCCGCCCCCCGAGGACUACUAUCCCGCCUCCAACAACAAUAAUCCCGCGGCGGGGGGCAGAGGGAGGCCGGACUCGGACGAGGGACCGGCCAACUCUUGA